AUGGCUUCUCGCAGCAGCAGGCAACCAUAUUCCCCUUCUGCUCCACCCGUACCGGAUCCAGUCGAGCCCCGGGUCGGUCACCCUUACCACCCCCCUCCAAAUCACGUCCCCUAUGCCCCCAUAACCCAACCCCACCCUCAAAUCACCACCGCCAGCACGUUAGGGUCGGUUCCAACCCAGCCACCACCGCAUGGAUACGACUACAACCCUUACAAGCAGCAUAGCAAUUAUAGUUGGUUUCCGCCGGGUACCCACCCGGAUAUUAUUCGGAGCUUCCAGACGGUGGACCGGAACCAAAACGGGUACAUUGAAGAAAAGGAGCUCCAAGAAGCACUAGCUUGGAAUUACCAAAGGUUCAGCCUUGGAACCUUGCGGUUGCUCAUCUUUCUUUUCAGAACCCCAAAUGAUUCUUCUUUUAGAAUUGGGCCAAAAGAGUUUGCAGAGGUAUGGAGUUGCCUUGGUCAAUGGCGGGCUGUGUUUGAACGAUUUGAUAGAGAUCGGAGUGGGAAAAUUGAUACUAUUGAAUUGAAGGACGCUCUAUACAGUCUUGGGUAUGCAUUGCCACCUUCUGUUCUCCAAGUUUUGAUUUCCAGAUACAACAAUGGAAAUUCCCAGAGGGUUGAGCUGAGUUUUGACAGUUUCGUCGAAUGUGGGAUGAUUGUGAAGGGUUUGACGGAAAAGUUCAAAGAGAAGGAUCCACGUUAUACAGGUUCAGCGACGCUAAGUUAUGACACAUUCAUGACCAUGAUCAUUCCCUUUCUUGCUUCGGAAUAG